CAGAUGUCAAUGUCAGUUGUUUUCAAGAGACUGGACGUGGACGUCGUCUUUCUGUUUAUGUUGUGUUGUUUUUUGUUAUUUUCUAACAGAAAUGUCUAACCAAAAUACAUUAGACUUAAAUUACGUUCACCAAAGCUUUCAACGCAGUAUCAAAGAAGAGGACGAUGUUGGUAUUGAGGCAUACAUCGAUGGGUACAAUGAACUUGUCAAAUUCUUAAAUCUCAUCGGAUCAGUAUUCUCAUUUGUUAGCAGUGAUGUUAAGAGCAAAAUAAAAGUAAUGGAUAAACAUAAAGAAGCUGAGAACUCUAUGUACUAUGAUUCUUUUAAGAAAAUGAUGAAGUUUGAAAAAGAAUCAAACUUACAUGAAAAGAACGGCUUCGUUUCUGGGUCGCGCACUAUGCUGCGUCUGCACAGAGGAUUAGAUUUCAUAAGACUGUUUUUAAAACGUCUCCACGAGGCUGAUGACUCAGUGAACACCUGCACCGUGUGUCAGAACGCCUACAACGAGACGCUGGCAGCGUUCCACCCAUGGUACAUCCGCAAGGCUGCCACUCUUGCCAUGCACGCCCUGCCUAACCGACAUGACUUGUUGGGAAAGAUAUUCGGUUCGGAAGAGAGUCUGGCGGCUGCCUUCGACGUGCUCCCUCAGACGCUGGCCUCAUGCGACGAGGUCUACACGCGGGUGGACACCCUGUAUACACAGUUCGACUUCCAUAACCUGCCGUAAACCAUAGAUCACUAGUUAUUAUUGUUAACUCUUUGCAAUGUUUGCUACCGGACUUCUUGGUGCGUUAUAAGACCUUAAGAAUAAGGAGUUUCGACUUGUCUCUUCCACCUAUCGGUUUAGUACGUAUCGGACCAAACGGAGAAAUGGACGUUACUUGUGUACAUUUCUAUAAUAUGAAUUCUGAAUGCUGUGCGUCCGUUGCGUACGAUACCAAAAUCUUAGGGUCAAGAAAUAUGGCCACUUGUAAGGCAUUUCUGGAUUAAUCUCAGCAGCUAAAUGUUAUCUUUUCAUUCUCCUAAAAGGGGAUGCUAAGACCAUAAUAAUACUAGGUCUUAAGAUAUGCUUAUGGUGAAAUUACGGCUACGGUUAUUUCAGAAAAAUAUAAAGUUCUUGUAGUUUCAUGUUAUUUUUAUGGUGCUUUGCGUCUAAAUAUAAGAGAUAAAAAACUUAUUUCUGAGAUUUCAAUCAAAGAUAAACGAUUACUAGAUACGAUUUGAUAUUAUACUAUUAGGAAACCAAAAACUUAUUUAAAUAAAUUUUAAAACUUACACCAUCUCCAUUCAGUAAUGAAUUAAAUAAAUUAUAAUUUGUUAUGUGUUGCUUGGGUA